AUGCUUAUUUUCCUAACAAUUUCUUUCUUUUUCCUUCUUCAAUUUGUUCAUUGCACUCCAAACGACAAACUCCGUGAAUGUUGUGAGACUUUACCGGGAAUCGACCAAGAGUGUGCACAAAAAUUUUGCGAUUUCCACAACAUUAACAGUUUGAUGGUUGUCCCAUUCAUUUCGAUGUGCGGACCGAGGGGUGACACGGGAAAACAAGUGUGGAAGUGUCUCUCAUCGAAACACGAUCACACACAAUGUUGUCGAAAUCAGGGUGUUCUCCCGUUUUGUCUUCCAUUUUGCAAAGCGGAUACCACUGUGCCAAAUGAUCUUCCAAAAUACGGGAUUUGCAUUCAAGAAUUCGAGAAAUAUCGUAAAUGUUUCCGCACUUAUAUCCAACACAAUGGAGCAUAUCAUGAGAAUUAUUUGGAUGGAGACGAAGAA